UUCCGCGGCUCUCGCGGCCCGCCCGGGCCUCUGCAGCCCGGGCGCCGACGGAAGUGGGGGUGCGGCACGCGGACCUCGCCAGGACAAUGCAGACUCCACUGACCAUUCCUGUACCUGUGCUCCGGCUUCCCCGGGGCCCUGAUGGUUUCAGCCGAGGCUUUGCCCCCAAUGGACGCAGAGCUCCCCUGAAAGAAGUGAUUCCUGAAAUUUCAGCGUCAUCCCUGGCACAAGAAUCCCGAGAAUCCCAGGAACAGCGGGCCAGAGCCGCCCUUCGGGAGCGCUACCUCCGCAGCCUGCUGGCCAUGGUGGGCCGCCAGGUGAGCUUCACAUUGCACGAGGGGGUGCAUGUGACUGCACACUUUGGAGCUACUGACCUGGAUGUGGCCAACUUCUAUGUGUCUCAGCUGCAAACUCCAAUAGGUGUGCAGGCUGAGGCACUGCUGCGGUGUAGUGACAUUAUUGCGUACACCUUCAAGCCCUGAUGAUGACCUUGUGUUGGUUCACCUUUCCACGGUAUCCCAGGUCCUGAAUUUUGGAGCUCUGGGACCUACAAAAUUUGGACCUCCAUUGGGAUUUUGGGAAAAACUCCAAGCAGCUCUGACUUCCUGAGACAGCCUGCGUCAGGAAAAAAAAUUCUCCAACCCCGGGAGUUCGUGUUUCCCUGGAAAGGAAUGCUCUACCUCACAGAAGUCUGCCCAACAGAAAUAUGGGUAUUUCCUGAAGACUGGGGGUAGGAAGGGAAUAAAGCUGGGCACAUU